GUCCAACCCCGGACCGCGUCGCGCGCCGUGUGGACGCGACUGUGACGUGACGGAAUCGUGACGUUACGCGUCUGGGGUCACGUUCCUCUGCGAGUCCUUCGUCGUCUGCCACCACGACACCGACGAAGACAACGAUGUGGGCGUUGCUGCCCUCUAAACUCUCUCUGCGGACAUCGUCUGCCAGCCGCCAGUCAGUCCGACAAUGGGCGCGCUCUAUUGGUACCGACGCCAGCGAGCAAGUCGAACCGAACACCCACUUCCGCAUCACCCUUCGCCGAUCCGCCAUUUCCCUGCCUUCGAACUUUAAGGGCACCCUCGUCGCCCUUGGAAUACAUCGGAGGAUGCAAACCGUCUACCACAAACACUCGCCAGAUAUUGCUGGAAAGAUAUUGCGGGUCAAGGAGCUGGUGCAGGUGGAGAAUGUUCCCGCUUCGGCGAUACGGACGAAGACGGAGCAGCGGCAGGCGAGGAAGUCAAUUAGAGGGUAUCAAAAGGUUGCCUCUCGACUGAGUGCAGUGGAUUUGUAGUGAGAGGAAUGGAGAGAUACUUGUUGUACUGCUCGUCGGCGG